AUGGCACACACAUCCUUUGACAUGCAGGCGUUCCACGCUCAAAUCGACGACACUGUCAAGAAGCACUUCCCUCCUUCGUCGCCGCCAACUCUCCCACACCCUUCAGCUCUUACUCGCGCGGCAGCUUCCCUUCCCAAGGCCUCAGAUGCUCUAUCGAAACCCCUCGGCGUCUCUGCCACGACAGCUCAUCUCCUCGAGGAUAUCGUGCCUGCGCUCUCAGGCCAAGCCCUCUCCCCACGCUACUACGGCUUCGUCACCGGUAGCGUCCACCCCGCCGCUCAGGCCGCCGAAGCCGUCGUCGCCGCUCUGGACCAGAAUGUCCAGGUGCACCUUCCAGAUCAGACCAUCGCUACUGACGUCGAAGCAGCGGCUCUCGACCUUCUCGUCGACCUCCUCGGGCUAUCUCAUCCGCAGACCGGCGCCCCGCGUGGUAUCUUCACCGGUCGCACCUUUACGACUGGCGCCACGGGGAGCAAUAUCCUCGGUCUGGCAUGCGCAAGAGAGCAUGUUCUUGCACGGCGCGUGCCGCCAGGUUCACCCUCGGUGGGGGAGCUUGGAAUCCUGGGCGCCUGCGUCGCGGCAGGAGUCACGGAGAUUCAGGUUCUGACGAGCAUGGGCCACAGCUCGCUCUCCAAGGCGGCAAGCAUUGUAGGACUGGGCAGGGCCAGCGUAAAGCAGAUGGCCAAGAGUCCCGAGCGGCCAUGGCUUCUCGACGUGGAUGCUGUCGAGAGAGAGCUUGUGGCGAGAGACGGGACAGGCGUCGCGACCAUUAUUGCGGUCAGUGCGGGAGAGGUGAACACGGGACUAUUCGCAGCGGGCAAAGAGGACAUGGAGCGGCUAAGGGCGCUGGCUGACCUGUACGGCAGCUGGAUUCAUGUGGACGGAGGCAAGUCGUCGCCUGUUAUAUGUGUGGCGAAGAAAUGGACCUAA